AUGCGAUCUUCAUACGUCCGCUUUGCCAUUUUGGCUACCUUGAGUAGCCUCAGUGGUACCUUUGGUCGGGCAAUUCCAUCGGACCAACUGCCUGGGUCCUACGCUGCCACCGAUCUCACCCAGGGUCAAGCUAAGGACCUGUCGUCUGAGAAUGCAGCCAAUUGGGCAAAUGGGAUCAAGCGACAUGAAGAUUCUAUUCCUGUUGUCGACAUAGGCAUUGCUGAACGUGCAAAUGACUUGGACGACGACAAUAGCCAUACGGAGAUCGUCCCCAGGAAUACCGCCCACUGGUCGACAUAUGUCCACAAAGGCAAGAAACUCAUGGACGAGCUUGACAAAGCCAAGAAACAUAAAACAAACAAAAACGAAUGGAGGAAAUUCAACGACAAAACCAAAUGGACCAAAAAGGAAGACACCCACAAAACACUGCCGUCAGAGGUCGGAGCUGCGAUGAACAAGGAUGGCAUUUCCCAUUCCGAGUCCGGUCAUUACAAAUUCUGGGAGGCGAAGAGCGCUCAUCACGGAGCGACCUACCAAGGCUUUUUCGACAGCUCAGAGAAGCCCAAGGCCAUGGUUGAGACCUUCCUAUCCAAGGGCCAUGGUGCUGACCUGGAAAUAUCGGAGGUUGGCUUCCAGUUGGCGGGAUGGGCCCUUGAUGACGGCGAGGAUGCCCUGAAGCACUUGCAAUACAUCUACAAGCCCGGAAUCAAGAACCCCACCAGCAAAUCAAUUAUGGACCAAGCAUAUGCGAAAUCUACCAAGAAGGACGAAGAGGUCUUCAAGCAUGGCACCGAUGAGUUCAAUGCAUUGGUUGGAACUCCAAACGGCGCAGUUGCGGCGCGUAUGCUUACAGACCAUGCCGGCCUUUUGGGGAAGACCAUCGACGAGAUCCAUCUCUAUCAUUCCAAGGGGAUGAUGGUCUUCAAGCUCAAAUGA